GUGCCUCGCCCCUUCGCGGCUGCCGGCGUGCCAUUGGCCGAAAGUUUCCGUACGUCACGGCGAGGGCAGUUCCCCUAAAGUCCUGUGCACAUAACGGGCAGAACGCACUGCGAGGCGGCUUCUUCAGAGCACGGGCUGGAACUUGCAGGCACCGCGAGCCCCUAGCACCCGACAAGCUGAGUGUGCAGGACGAGUCCCCACCACACCCACACCACAGCCGCUGAAUGAGGCUUCCAGGCGUCCGCUCGCGGCCCGCAGAGCCCCGCCGUGGGUCCGCCCGCUGAGGCGCCCCCAGCCAGUGCGCUCACCUGCCAGACUGCGCGCCAUGGGGCAACCCGGGAACGGCAGCGCCUUCUUGCUGGCACCCAAUGGAAGCCAUGCGCCGGACCACGACGUCACGCAGGAAAGGGACGAGGUGUGGGUGGUGGGCAUGGGCAUCGUCAUGUCUCUCAUCGUCCUGGCCAUCGUGUUUGGCAAUGUGCUGGUCAUCACAGCCAUUGCCAAGUUCGAGCGUCUGCAGACGGUCACCAACUACUUCAUCACUUCACUGGCCUGUGCUGAUCUGGUCAUGGGCCUGGCAGUGGUGCCCUUUGGGGCCGCCCAUAUUCUUAUGAAAAUGUGGACUUUUGGCAACUUCUGGUGCGAGUUUUGGACUUCCAUUGAUGUGCUGUGCGUCACGGCCAGCAUUGAGACCCUGUGCGUGAUCGCAGUGGAUCGCUACUUUGCCAUUACUUCACCCUUCAAGUACCAGAGCCUGCUGACCAAGAAUAAGGCCCGGGUGAUCAUUCUGAUGGUGUGGAUCGUGUCAGGCCUUACCUCCUUCUUGCCUAUUCAGAUGCACUGGUACCGGGCCACCCACCAGGAAGCCAUCAACUGCUAUGCCAAUGAGACCUGCUGUGACUUCUUCACGAACCAAGCCUAUGCCAUUGCCUCUUCCAUCGUGUCCUUCUACGUUCCCCUGGUGAUCAUGGUCUUCGUCUACUCCAGGGUCUUUCAGGAGGCCAAAAGGCAGCUCCAGAAGAUUGACAAAUCUGAGGGCCGCUUCCAUGUCCAGAACCUUAGCCAGGUGGAGCAGGAUGGGCGGACGGGGCAUGGACUCCGCAGAUCUUCCAAGUUCUGCUUGAAGGAGCACAAAGCCCUCAAGACGUUAGGCAUCAUCAUGGGCACUUUCACCCUCUGCUGGCUGCCCUUCUUCAUCGUUAACAUUGUACAUGUGAUCCAGGAUAACCUCAUCCGUAAGGAAGUUUACAUCCUCCUAAAUUGGAUAGGCUAUGUCAAUUCUGGUUUCAAUCCCCUUAUCUACUGCCGGAGCCCAGAUUUCAGGAUUGCCUUCCAGGAGCUUCUGUGCCUGCGCAGGUCUUCUUUGAAGGCCUAUGGGAAUGGCUACUCCAGCAACGGCAACACAGGGGAGCAGAGUGGAUAUCACGUGGAACAGGAGAAAGAAAAUAAACUGCUGUGUGAAGACCUCCCAGGCACGGAAGACUUUGUGGGCCAUCAAGGUACUGUGCCUAGCGAUAACAUUGAUUCACAGGGGAGGAAUUGUAGUACAAAUGACUCACUGCUGUAAAGCAGUUUUUCUACUUUUAAAGAUCCCCCCCCCCCAACAGAACACUAAACAGACUAUUUAACUUGAGGGUAAUAAACUUAGAAUAAAAUUGUAUAGAGAUAUGCAGAAGGAAGGGCAUCCUUCUGCCUUUUUUAUUUUUUUAAGCUGUAAAAAGAGAGAAAACUUAUUUGAGUGAUUAUUUGUUAUUUGUACAGUUCAGUUCCUCUUUGCUGGAAUCUGUAAGUUUAUGUCUAAAGAGCUUUAGUCCUAGAGGACCUGAGUCUGCUAUGAUUUCAUGACUUUUCCAUGUAUCUACCUCAUUAUUCAAGUAUUAGGGGUAAUAUAUUGCUGCUGGUAAUUUGUAUCUGAAGGAGAUUUUCCUUCCUACACCCUUGGACUUGAGGAUUUUGAGUAUCUCGGACCUUUCAGCUGUGAACAUGGACUCUUCCCCACUCCUCUUAUUUGCUCACACGGGGUAUUUUAGGCAGGGAUUUGAGGAGCAGCUUCAGUUGUUUUCCCGAGCAAAGUCUAAAGUUUACAGUAAAUAAAUUGUUUGACCAUG